CGGAUUGGCCCAUGCUGUGACCGGCUGCCGAGCACUGUGAAUGCUGGGAGAAAGAAAACAUGGCGGCGGGGCCCAGCCGUGUGGAAAUCCAGACCCUUUUCAAGCGUCUGCGAGCUGCGCCAGCCAAUAAGUCCUGUUUCGACUGCGGGGCAAAGAACCCGAGCUGGGCCAGUAUCACCUACGGGGUGUUUCUUUGUAUCGACUGUUCCGGAAUCCACCGCUCGCUGGGCGUUCACGUCAGCUUCAUCCGGUCUACAGAGCUUGACUCCAACUGGAGCUGGUUUCAGUUGAGAUGUAUGCAAGUGGGUAGCAAUGCCAAUGCGACAGCUUUUUUCUGCCAGCAUGGCUGUACCACCUCUGAUGCCCCUGCCAAGUAUAAUAGCCGUGCUGCUCACAUGUACCGAGAGAAGAUCCAGCAGCUGGCAAGUGCUGCCAUGGCCAAAUAUGGAAAUGAUCUCCUGAUUGAUGGCCUGAGUGGGAUUCCUGGCCACUCUCUGGAAAGGAAUGAUGCUGAUUUUUUCUCGGAGCAUACACAGGCUUGUAAUAACUGGGAUGUGGCUAAGACAGAGCAGAGCAUAAUAGAUUCCACAUCAGAAUUGGAGAAACCAGCAAAGCCAUCUGAAAAUAAUGAGGUUCCACAGGAUGACCAAGGUCCAUCAAUUGAGUUAUUGAGCACCUCUCCUAAAGGCUCCCUUGACGCAUCCAUGUGUCUGUCUCCACAAGGGGCAGCUCCGGCCAGAGAAAUAAAGCCUUCCCUUAUUGGAAAGAAGAAGGCAGGUGGAGCAAAAAAAGGGCUGGGAGCCAAAAAAGGUCUUGGAGCUCAAAAAGUGAGCAGUCAGAGUUUUACAGAAGUUGAACGGCAAGCCCAGAUGGCAGAAAAGCUGAAAGAGCAACAAGCAGCUGAGUACAGGAAGCAAGCGGAGGAAUCUAUAGUUGCCUCAAUGAGAUUGGCCUAUCAAGAACUCCAAAUUGAUCGGAAGAAGGAGGAGAAGAAACUUCAAAACUUAGAAGGGAAGAAGCGUGAGCAGGCUGAAAGACUAGGCAUGGGCUUGGUGUCCAGAAGUUCCAUUUCGCAUUCUGUCCUGUCUGAGAUGCAAGUAAUAGAACAAGAAACGCCAGUGAGUGUAAAGUCCUCUCGGUCUCAGCUGGGUCUCUUUGAAGAUACAGGAAGCUUCACAUCUGGACCACCCAAGUACAAAGAUAAUCCAUUCUCACUGGGAGAUGGUUUUGGUUCACAAUGGGAAACAGAAAUGCCCUCCUGGGGACUUGACAAAAGAGAAGAGGAGACAGACAUCACAGUGUCAAACAUCCGACCCAUUGGUGACAGACCGACCAACAGAAGAGAAACGGAGAGCAAGGUGUCAGUAGUAGAGUCUAAUGAAGCUCGACAGAAGUUUGCGGGUGCCAAAGCCAUCUCAUCUGACAUGUUCUUUGGGCGAGAAGUUGAUGCUGAGUAUGAGGCCAGAUCCCGACUCCAGCAGCUCUCAGGAAGCAAUGCCAUUAGUUCUGUUGAUCUUUUUGGAGAAUCUGAAACAGCAAAUUUGGGUAAUGUCUCCAUUGGAAAUGUACUACCUGCAGCUGACAUUGCUCAGUUCAAGCAGGGAGUAAAGUCGGUUGCUGGCAAGAUGGCUGUCCUGGCCAACGGUGUGAUGAACUCGCUGCAGGACCGCUAUGGUUCAUAUUGAAGAUCUAGAAGACUGUACCUCUUGGCCAUCGGUGUAACACCACUUGAACUUGGAAACACCACAUAGGAACUCUACAGGAUAAUUUCUAAACUGAGCAUAGCUGAGGGAUGCUUGAGAAUAGAGAAAAUGGACAUGCUUGUCCUAUACUCGAAGGUUUUCUGGACAAUUGUUUUGUAUUAGAAAACAAAUAUUUUGUCAAAACCCAGCCUUCAGUGAUUGAAGUAUGGGCCUUUCCAGAGAACACCCCUCUGCUGCUAUGGAUUGAGAUAUGGUGCAGAUGUCAUUGUGGUGCUGCUCUUUAUAUUUCUCUUUGUCUCCCUGACUGCUAUUGGUGGACUUAGUAUUGUGGAAGCAGGAAAGUAGUGUGUAAUAUUUUUCAUGCUUCUGCAUGAAUUCAGAGGCAAAUUAUAGUACUUGUUGCAUUGGUGGAGACUCUAGAACCUAUGCUCCAGAAUAGAGUGAAAUUCUUUCCUCUGUCCAUGGUAAUCUUACUGCCUUAAAGAACCAGUGUGAUGCACCAUUUUAGAAUAGUGGCUUAAAAGCACAAACGUACAGCAUGCAGUGAAAGGUCAGCACUCUUGGCCUUAGUUAAGAUUCUUUUAUUUUGCAAAUAUGACUGAUGAUAAAUUUGUGCUGGAGAUAGGAGAUCAUCAGUGAUAAGCAAGGAAGGGUUAUCAAACCUUUCCUAUAAUCAGUUGGUUGUCCAUUGGGUGCUGUCUUUUAUUUCAUAUGUUAAAAGAAAUUGGAGCUGAAAUGAGUAUUGACUAUAUUCACUCCAUUCACUGUGUCCCAUUUUUGUUGCACAACCAUUGCUACUACUGCCUUCCUUCGGAAUCACAACAAUGGACUUGAGUGAACACCAUAGCUCUCUUGCAAAUUAUAUUGAAACAAAAUCAGUUUCAGUAAGGCUUCUUCCACCUAUCCAGGCACCACUGUUGUCCCUAUGCUUUCUGGGAUUGUUCUCAUAAAUUGCUAUAGCUUUAUUGAUCAAAGAGGAACUGGAAUAGAUAAAUGCUCCAUUCCAGUCUACAUUGCUAAUCUCAUGCCUGAGAUAAUAAACGGUAUUUUGCUCCAAAGCACCCAUUGCAUCUGCAUGCUAAAUCCCAUGUUUCAGUGAUAUUUUUCCACCGGAGUAUUCUCAUUUCAGCUGAGUGGGAGAAUUAUUUCCUUGUGAAAUGGUGCUGACUGUUGUAACCAUUUUGCAUUCAAAUUGCAUGAUUGUUGCUGCUGCACUGUGGGUUUAUCUGGAAACUGCCACCAAAUACAGUGUGUCUCCUAAGAAGACAAGCCAGUUGUUUAAUAGGAAGAGUAAUCGCCAAGAAUACACUGAAGUGAUGUCUUGAGUUUCAGUGAGGUACACUUGCUAGAGGCAGCUGAGGUUACCAAUGCCCUUUGAGGUUACCCACUUUCACAUUAGUGUAACUCAUUAGUGCAAUUAAUCUGCUUAUUCCUUGUGCACUUCCUAUGAAAAUAAAUGCCUGCAUGGACUGACCAGAAAUUUCCCCCUUUGCUUGCUUCUCCUUUGUAUUCAUAGGAUUCUGAAAAUAGCCUCUCCAGUUUCAAGUGUUGCAGAUUUAAAAUUGCUUGCUCAGUUCCGGAGCAAAGAGUUUGCAGAGCUUCAUAUCAGGCCACUGCUUUUUCACUCAGAGAUUGGAAGAGGUUUCCCUUGCUUGGGUUAUCUCUGUACUUGAAAUUCAUCAUAAUAUUCAUAAGUGAUAUGCAGCCAAAGUUAUGGCAUUGCUUUAUGGGGUUUUAAGAGUGAAGGAUAUGGAGUCUUCCUCCUCACCAAUAAAUCAGAUUGGAUUCCUAUGUUCUCAA